AUGAGUGACCACGACACACCGGCUCCCAAGCGGACCAAGAGCAAGCCAGCUGCCAUCCUCCCAGCAGCGCAGGAACCGGCGUGUGAUGAGUGUCGGAUCCGCAAGGUGCGCUGCAACAAGGAAUAUCCCAAAUGCUCCAGUUGUCGCAAAUCCAACCUGGCAUGCGGCUUCUCCAACAAGGGAAAGCGAAUCAACCACACGAAGAAGCUAGUCAACGACGUCGAAGUACUUGGAAACCGACUGGGAAAGAUUGAAGCAGCCUUGCUUCGGUGUCUAUCGGUGGUGGAGGGCUCCAGGACACCCCCGAAUGGGACCACCGGACAGACUUCUACACAGUCGGAUGACGGUCAGGUCGACCUCUCUGACGACUCACAUUCGGAUGCAGACAGCCGGGACGCACGGUCGACACCUUCAGAUCAAUAUACACCGGUCGGGAGCGGUAGCCCGGCAUCCUUCUACCACUCCAGUCCCACUCUCUCUCUCUACACACAGGCCCAGGCGGCUUGUGAUCGUUUCAAAUCUUCCUUUCCCAUUCAGAGCCCACUGAGACAGUAUAGUCCGGUGUCACCAGAGCUACACGAGAGCCAACCGAGCAAUUUGCAGUCUCAGCUCAAGGAAGCAAGUGAGCUAUUCCAGAAACUGGCCCGUGAGAGCCCGGUCCUGUCGAUACCAGAGUCCGAUGGCCUCCCUCCUUGCCUGCCGCCACAGGGACUACUUCAAGCCUGCCUCGAAGCAUACUUUGUGCCGUUGGGCCCCUCCCUGCCCAUCUAUGACCGCUCGAGUGUCAUGGCCGCGAUCGAGGAGCAGUACAGUAUCGACUCGCCCGACCCGGCAUGGAUCAUCUCCUUCAGCACCAUUCUCCUUCAGGCGUUGGACGUGCAGUCCAGACCAAGCAGAUUGGAUGUCCGCGGCUCGCUGCGAGACGAGCUGAUCAGCAAUCUGCUACUCAACUGCCGGCGGGGCUACAAUAACUUUGAGAGGUUGUUAAGACCGCAAGUGGCCAACGUUCAAGCGCUGUUGAGCAUGGCUUUGGUUGCGCUGAAAUACUUCUCCCUGGCCACCUUCGAAGCGGUCUUCGCGCAGGCAUGCCAGUUGGCCAAAUCGAUUGGCCUGCAUCAGACCUCUGGUCUCGUCGACACCAUGGAGCGAAGAAAUCUGUUCUGGUCGCUGUUUAUCAUUGAUAAACAUAUGUCCCUGAUUGCAGGGAAGCCAGGUUUAUUGCCGUCUUACGACUGCGGGCUUGCACCUCCAGCCGCCAACUCCGGUCGUGUACUGGACGACCAGCUUGCUGCACGCAUUUCUCUCGCAUAUGUUCAAGAGGACAUGUACCGCAGCCUGUUCUCGGCCCGGGUCAGUCGCAAGGGUCGCGACCACAUUACCCGCCAGGCACAGCGCAUUGAUCAAAAGCUGGACGACUGGGAGGUGCAGCACGAACGCAAGCUCUCAUAUGCCAGCGACAUGCCGGCGGACGAAGCCGUCCACAAUUCGGAGUUGCGAUAUACUCUCUGUACUCUGCGAAUCCUCGUUCAGAGACAGAUAUCGGGUUCGGAUCAUCGACAUACGCGGCUCCGACAUGCUCGGUUCGGACUGGUACUGCUCAAGGAGGUGUGCGAGAGAAGACUACCCGCCAGUCCGCACUUGGGGAUCGCUAUGUAUCAAAGUAUCUGUGUGAACUAUUCCACCGUCCUCUUUCUCGAGCUCUUCAUCGGUCUUCUGGUGGAACCGCAGCAAGACCACCGCACGGACGUGGAGCUUCUCUCCUCGUUCGCAACACAUAUGGAUUGCUGUGCUGCACGAUCCACGUCUACCUCGUAUCCGUCCAAGAACUCUUACAUGGCCACUCUAUGUAGCCAGAUUGCCACCAAUAUCCAAAUGCUGCAUGACGGGAUCGCACCCCCGCUAUCGCUCUCGAUGCCAAACUCUCUGCCCGACUCUCCGGGAAUGACAACCCUGUCCAGUGCAUCUGCCUCUGCCUUUGAACCGGAAAUGAUGGAACCCUCAUCCGCCAUGGGGAUGCCCCUGUCCACCAUGGGCGAUCCCGGGUGGGACCUGUCACUGGCCCUGGGGACGCCAGUUGACAUCCACAAGAUGGACAGCCUACACAGCAAGGUCUACGGGCAACAGCCUUUUGACGCGCACAGCCCAUAUUCAGGGUUUGGGUAUUCGGAGCUGUCAGGGAUGCCUCCUGUGGAUUUUGACGCCAUGCUGGAUGCGUUUGCGUCGUAUCACCAGGGUAUGGGAGUGAUGCACUGA